AUGACAGGGUUUAAAGUUUCUUCUUUUUUUUAUAUUCUGGCAUUGUCCCGCUUUUUCAACGCAGGAAGGGAACGAGCUUGUGAUAAGUUAAAAAUUACAGUUACACAUCUAUACUGGUUUAUUAUACGCAAACUUUUGUUACAUGAGGUUCAUGUUCAUGUUAGUCGUGUUUGCAACGUUUCUUUUAUUUUGUCUCCUUGCCUCUUUCGCAAUUUUUUUACGUUGUCUCUUCAUGUACUCUAUGUAAUGUAUGAGCAGGCUCUGACACCCGAGUUCUUCCGUCAAUGGUGGGAUAUUAUUCAAUCCAAAUGA